UGAAACUGCGGAAACCCUUCUAAAUUCAGAAGUACAUAUGCUUCUUGAGCAUCGUAAGCAACAGAAUGAAAGCGCAGAAGAUGAGCAGGAGCUUUCAGAAGUCUUCAUGAAAACCUUGAACUACACAGCACGCUUCAGCCGCUUCAAAAACCGUGAAACCAUUGCCAGUGUCCGUAGUUUGCUGCUCCAGAAGAAGCUCCAUAAAUUUGAACUGGCAUGUUUGGCUAACUUGUGUCCUGAAACAGCUGAGGAAGCGAAGGCCUUGAUUCCUAGCCUGGAAGGCCGAUUUGAAGAUGAGGAAUUACAGCAGAUUCUUGAUGACAUUCAGACUAAACGCAGCUUCCAGUAUUAAGGUUAACCCUCAACCCCUUUAUCUGAACAGAAAAAAAUGGGAACUGUGACUGUUUCUCAGUCCUCUGGACCAAUCCAGCUCCCGGCUGAGGGAGGGGAGCUGUGGAUACAGGGUACUCCAGUGCUGUGUCAUCCACAGGUGCAUUCAGGCUGGAGAGCAGCGUAGUCCUUCUCGUUUGUUCCACACGUGUGUUGGUAAGGACGCCUGUAUGGUGAGAGCCAAAGAACCCGAAAAGCCUUUUCCCGGUGGCUCAAGUAUUUGUUUCUUCCAAAUCCCUCUCCCUGAUUUGGGAAUUUUCAACAUGUUUCUGUUUUUUAGCAGAAAUGUAGAUGUGACUUUUUUUUUUUUUUUGUGUGUGAAAUUCUAAAAGAGAUGGAGAAACUUGUUCUUGAGUCU